AUGAUUUGUUUCGUCCGUCCCCUCUUCUCCCCCAUCAUCUUCUUCGAACGUUGCGAAUCAUCUUCAAUCAUCAUCUGGCCGUGCUAUGGCAAUUCGUAUGGCAGCGUAUCACUUGCUCAGCAGCGCCUGCUUGUGCACGACCUUUGUUCGGACAGUGUCGACACUCGAUCCUUGAUCGCCGCAACCUUCUCCUCGUACUUGACCAACUUGUGCUCCCAGCAGUACCAGCAUUACCCAAUCUGA